UUUUUUUUUUUCUUUCUCCAACUAUGAAAUUAGUCGGUCUGACGGGCGGUAUUGCCUCUGGUAAAUCAACUGUCUCCAAGUUAUUACAAGAACAACAUAUUCCCAUCAUUGAUGCAGAUAAAAUAGCUCGGCAAGUAGUGGAACCUGGACGUUGGGCAAAUAAACUGAUACGAAAACACUUUGGUGAUGAAGUGUUUCUUCCUGAUGGCAACUUGAAUCGAGCCAAGUUGGGUGAAGUUGUAUUUGCCGAUCCUGCCAAACGCAAGGUAUUGAAUAGUUGUACUCAUCCUGCAAUACGAUUAGAAAUGUUCAAACAAGUGGUAUAUCAUUGGAUAACUGGUGCCAAAGUGGUGAUAUUAGAUGUACCUCUUUUAUUUGAAAGCAAACUGGAUAGAUUUGUAGGAACUACUGUAGUAGUAUAUUGUUCUGAAAUACUUCAAUUACAACGUUUGGUCAAAAGGGAUGGAUUAGAUGAAGAAUUGGCGACUCAAAGGAUGCGUGCUCAAACACCCUUAUCAGAAAAGGUGGAACUGGCAGAUAUAGUGAUUGAUAAUUCUAGUGAUCUGUCUCAACUCAGUAUUCAAGUUAAAAAUCUCAUCAAGAAGAUUACUCCAAGUACAACUACCUGGUUACUAGAAUAUAUUGGUCCUCCUGCUUUAUUUGCAAGUUUUAUAGUAGCAAUUAGACAUUAUAGUGUACCUUUAUUCAAUAAUAUUAUCUCCAAGUCAAUAAAGUCAUAAAAAAAA